GUCCUAUAGUAGCAGUAGGCACUUGCAUUGUACUACGUAUGCUAGCUAUUUCCAACAAUUCAACAGCAAUGGUGGUUACAAACUUACAAUAAUUCAUCAGCAGCUUAGGUCGGUCCAAAAGGGUCGCAAUAAUUCGAUCUCCAAUGAUUGUUCGUGGUGGUUCGUCUCUCAAUCUCCUUGUUGUGCACAUAUAGAAGCUCCAAAGUGAUGCCGGCCUGAGCAAUCAUCAAGCCGACCAAAGCCGCCGGCGGUUCAUUCACCAUGCCGGCCAGCACAAGGCUGCCCCUCGCCGCCGUGACCCUCCUCCUCCUCCCGGCCUGCACCGUCCUUCUCCUCUCCCUCUCCUGCUGCCCGGUGCAGGCCGCCGCCGACUACGGCGCCGGCGGCGGCAUGGCGGCCGUCGCCGCUGGUGCUGCUCCUGUCGACAUCGAGUGGCGGCAGCGCCGCCUGGAGGACGAGGUGGCGCCGGAGCUCGGCGGCAUGCUGGCGGCGGGCCAGGGCUACAUCUCCUACAACACGCUGGACAAGCAGUCCUGCGGCGGCGGCGGCUGCGCCGCCAGGGGAGCGUCCUACACCGGCAACGGGUGCACGUACAACAACCAGUGCCGCGGCGCCGGCGGCGGGUGAUCGCCCGGCGCGUGCUUGCGUCGCCACGGCGAGCGGCGCCGGCGGCCGCUGCCAGCAUCCGAGGGGAGGAGCCACGCGUGCGGCCUUGUUCGUUCUCCGUCGUCCAUCGCACGCACGCUCACCACUUAGCUGCUUCAAUUGUGCAUUCUCUCGAUCUAUGGAGGCUGUUGUCUUUCCUUUCCUCUUCUUUUUCUUUGGGAUAGAUCCAGUUGGUACCUUAUCAAUUGUUGUGAAAUGAUAAGAGAGAUGCUACAUGUGUUAGUCGCCUGAAAUUUAACAUUUAUUCAGACUAUAGGAUCAAAGUUUUCUGUCAUGCUAUAUGAAAAAUAAAGUUGUUCUAGCAUCUCAUCAAGAGCAUACUCUA